ACCACUUGAGGAUGAAACGACGGGUCCCGAUAUGAUUAAUCUGGUUGAAGAACAGCAUGACGUCGUCAUUCAACACGUAGAAGAUCAGCCAAUCAACGUCUUAGAACCAGCAGAUGAACCACCUAACCUUGAUAUGGAUAUCGGUGAUGAUCAUCAAGUGGAAGAGCUUGAAAACCUUCCACUUCCUCAAAAUGCCCAACGUGCACUCGAGGAUAAUGCUCUACUUCCUGAAGUUAUUCAACCUCUCGACCAACAUGAUAUUGAACAGGAAAAUGCUUUGCGAAGAUCAGACCGCACUCCAAAGUACAGUGCGAGAUAUCAAGAGUUCCGACGAUCACUCGGGUUGACGACACUAAUCGAUCAUUUCAAAAUUAAGCAUGCCACUGCUUUGUUCAACGAGUCUUUUGAACCACAGAGCUACAAGGAAGCUCUUGAAUCUGAACAUGUAGACAAAUGGAUGGCGGCAUUUAAAGAAGAAUAUGAUUCGUUGAUUGCAAACAAGACUUGGGAAAUUGUUCCUCUUCCUCCCGGCAGUACCUCAAUCAAUUGCUAGUGGAUUGGGAAAGUUAAACCAGCUUACGACAGUAUUCCAGAACGCUACAAAGGAAGACUUGAUGCUAUCGGUUCGAGACAGAAAUAUGGCGUUGACUACGAUGAAGUUUUUGCUCCGGUUCCACAUCAAGAAGCCGUCAAAGCCGCAUUUGCUGAAAUAGCAUCCCUUGAUCUUGAAAUCAUGCAGUUUGACAUCAAGACUGCCUUUUUGUAUGCAAAACUCGACAAGCCUAUCUACAUGAAACAACCCGAAGGAUUUGUUGUUCCGGGAAAAGAGGAUCACGUAUGUUUACUCGUCAAAUCUCUCUACGGACUCAAACAAGCUCCCCGAUUG